CCCAGUGCCGGAAGCUGCCCCCGACAGUCCCUUUAACGUGUCGGGGGCGUAGCAAAAAAGUCGCUGUGGGAGUUGCCUCCGAGUUACCGCCUCGGCGCUUUACGACACCGGGUACUGCAGAGCUGGGAGAUGUCGGCUGCGGACCAGGCAGAGACCCCGCAUCCUUCUAACUGCUUUGCCAAACGGGUCCUGGUCACCGGGGGUGCUGGUUUCAUUGCAUCACAUGUGAUUGUCUCUUUAGUGGAAAAUUAUCCCAAUUAUAUGAUCAUAAAUCUAGACAAGUUGGACUACUGUGCAAGCUUGAAGAAUCUCGAGACCAUUUCUACCCAACGAAACUACAAAUUUAUACAGGGUGACAUAUGUGAUUCUCACUUUGUGAAACAGCUUUUUAAAACAGAGAAGAUAGAUAUAGUGCUGCAUUUUGCUGCACAAACACAUGUAGAUCUCUCGUUUGUCCGCGCCUAUGAGUUUACCUACGUGAACGUGCACGGCACUCACGUUUUGGUCAGUGCCGCACACGAAGCCAACGUGGAGAAGUUUAUUUACGUCAGCACAGAUGAAGUCUACGGUGGCAGCCUGGAUCAGGAGUUUGAUGAGUCUUCACCCAAGCAACCCACGAACCCUUACGCAUCGUCGAAGGCAGCCGCUGAAGGAUUCGUACAGUCCUACUGGGAGCGCUACAAGUUUCCAGCUGUCAUUACAAGGAGCAGUAAUGUGUAUGGACCUCAUCAGUAUCCAGAGAAGGUCAUUCCGAAGUUUAUAUCUUUACUGCAACACAACAGGAAAUGCUGCAUUCAUGGAUCUGGGCUUCAAACAAGGAAUUUCCUCUAUGCUGCUGAUGUUGUAGAAGCAUUUCUCACUGUCCUUAAAAAGGGGAAACCAGGUGAAAUUUAUAACAUUGGAACCAAUUUUGAAAUGUCAGUUAUCCAACUUGCCAAAGAAUUAAUACACCUGAUCAAAGAGACCAGUUCAGAGUCUGAAAUGGAGAGCUGGGUUGAUUAUGUUAAUGACAGGCCUACCAACGACAUGCGAUACCCAAUGAAGUCGGAAAAGAUACAGGGCCUGGGAUGGAGACCGAAAGUCCCGUGGAGAGAAGGAAUAAAGAGAACAAUUGAAUGGUACAGAGAGAAUUUUCACAACUGGAAGAAUGCAGAGAAAGCAUUAGAAGCCUUCCCAGUAUAAGCACCAUUUGUCUAGUUUUCUUAGAGCGAAGUUAAGCAUCCUACCUCGACAAGUGAUAUGAGACCAAGUGACCAUAUGAAAUUAUGUGACCAUAUGAUAUGAAAUCAAGUGACCAGGUGACUUGGUUCAUUUGGCAUUAGCAUCGGGAUAUUUAUGUGUGUGCGUGUAAUAUUUAAGUGCAACAUGCCUGGACUUGCAAACCCAGGGCAUGUGCCAUAGGAUUUAUGUACUAAAAAGAUGCCAGAAACCUUUUCUCCUGAAGACAAGGAGCUAGUGGGCAUGGGAAAUGGCUCCAGAGGGGUGGGCCAGGGCUGAGGGCAUCAGGAGAGGGUGACCGAGGGCAGAUGAUGCCCUGCUGGCCUUGAACUCAUGAGCGUCUCAAAGGCCCACUGCCGAGAAAGUCUGUGCGGGCAGCAUCCCGUGAGACUUAUGCCUUAAUCCUUUCUCAGAGUCCAACCAUUGUACUUUCAAUUGCUUUCAAAAUGGAACACAAUGGAGACAUUAUCUAGCACUUUUUAAACAUUUAAUCAUUUUGUAAAAUUGAUUAACUUAAAUGUUAUUUUAGAAGGAAGAAAGAGGUCAUUUUUAUAUUGUCAGAAUCAAUCUCUG